ACUCGCACGCCGCACGCGCACGCCGCACGCGCACGCCGCACGCGCAUAACGGUUUGGCCGGCCUGUAACGGCUUGCACGCGCACGCCGCACGCGCGUAACGGCUUGGCUGGCCUGUAACGGCUUGCACGCGCAUGCUGCACGUGCGUUAACGGCUUGGCUGGCUUGUAGCGGCUUGGCUUGGCUUUGCGUUCUUUGCGUGGCUUGGCGUUCCUCGCUUGAAUUGACGUUUCCUGCUUGGAUUGACGUUUUCUCUCUCCUGUUCCUUUGCUGGGCUUGACCUUUUCUCUGUUGGGUUUGGCAUUUUCUUGGGUGGGCUGGGUGUUUUCUUGGCGGGGGGGUUGGCUCUUCCUGGGGUGGGCGUGAGGUCGCCCAGGGGGGGCGUGGGCUUUCCCCGGGUGGGUGUGGGUUUUCCCUGGGUGGGGUGGGCUGGGCUGGGAUCCCCUGCUGGGUUGGCACGUUUUGGCUGGGAUUGACUUUUUUCUUCAAACAGAUUGGAAACCCGGAGUUACCACCUGCUAGUUGGUGAAACUGGUUGGUAGACGUGAUCUGCUUGCUACUACCGGCUUCCGCUGGCUGUUAAAAGCAGAUGGUGGCUGAGGUUUAUUCAAUGCCGGCUGCCUCUUCUGUGAAGAAGCCAUUUGGUCUCAGGAGCAAGAUGGGCAAGUGGUGCUACCACUGCUUCCCCUGCUGCAGGGGGAGCGGCAAGAGCAACGUGGGCACUUCUGGAGACCACGACGACUCCGCUAUGAAGACACUCAGGAGCAAGAUGGGCAAGUGGUGCCGCCACUGCUUCCCCUGCUGCAGGGGGAGCGGCAAGAGCAACGUGGGCACUUCUGGAGACCACGACGACUCCUUUAUGAAGACCCUCAGGAGCGAGAUGGGCAAGUGGUGCUGCCAUUGCUUCCCCUGCUGCAGGGGGAGCGGCAAGAGCAACGUGGGCGCUUGGGGAGACUACGACGACAGCGCCUUCAUGGAGCCGAGGUACCACGUCCGUGGAGAAGAUCUGGACAAGCUCCACAGAGCUGCCUGGUGGGGUAAAGUCCCCAGAAAGGAUCUGAUUGUCAUGCUCAGGGACACUGACGUGAACAAGAAGGACAAGAAAAAGAGGACUGCUCUACAUCUGGCCUCUGCCAAUGGGAAUUCAGAAGUAGUAAAACUCCUGCUGGACAGACGAUGUCAACUUAAUGUCCUUGACAACAAAAAGAGGACAGCUCUGACAAAGGCCGUACAAUGCCAGGAAGAUGAAUGUGCGUUAAUGUUGCUGGAACAUGGCACUGAUCCAAAUAUUCCAGAUGAGUAUGGAAAUACCACUCUGCACUAUGCUAUCUACAAUGAAGAUAAAUUAAUGGCCAAAGCACUGCUCUUAUACGGUGCUGAUAUCGAAUCAAAAAACAAGCAUGGCCUCACACCACUGCUACUUGGUGUGCAUGAGCAAAAACAGCAAGUGGUGAAAUUUUUAAUCAAGAAAAAAGCGAAUUUAAAUGCACUGGAUAGAUAUGGAAGGACUGCUCUCAUACUUGCUGUAUGUUGUGGAUCAGCAAGUAUAGUCAGCCUUCUACUUGAGCAAAAUAUUGAUGUAUCUUCUCAAGAUCGAUCUGGACAGACGGCCAGAGAGUAUGCUGUUUCUAGUCAUCAUACUGUAAUUUGCCAGUUACUUUCUGACUACAAAGAAAAACAGAUGCUAAAAAUCUCUUCUGAAAACAGCAAUCCAGAACAAGACUUAAAGCUGACAUCAGAGGAAGAGUCACAAAGGUUCAAAGGCAGUGAAAAUAGCCAGCCAGAGAAAAUGUCUCAAGAACCAGAAAUAAAUAAGGAUGGUGAUAGAGAGGUCAAAGAAGAAAUGAAGAAGCAUGAAAGUAAUAAUGUGGGAUUACUAGAAAACCUGACUAAUGGUGUCGCUGCUGGCAAUGGUGAUGAUGGAUUAAUUCCUCAAAGGAAGAGCAGAACACCUGAAAAUCAGCAAUUUCCUGACAACGAAAGUGAAGAGUAUCACAGAAUUUGUGGAUUACUUUCUGACUACAAAGAAAAACAGAUGCCAAAAUUCUCCUCUGAAAACAGCAACCCAGAACAAGACUUAAAGCUGACAUCAGAGGAAAAGUCACAAAGGCUUAAAGGCAGUGAAAAUGGCCAGCCAGAGAAAAGAUCUCAAGAACCAGAAAUAAAUAAGGAUGGUGAUAGAGAGCUAGAAAAUUUUAUGGCUAUCAAAGAGGAAAUGAAGAAGCACGGAAGUACACAUGUUGGAUUCCCAGAAAACCUGACUAAUGGUGCCAUUGCUGGCAAUGAUGAUGAUGGAUUAAUUCCUCCAAGGAAGAGCAGAACACCUGACAGCCAGCAAUUUCCUGACACUGAGAAUGAAGAGUAUCACAGUGACGAACAAAAUGAUACUCAGAAGCAAUUUUGUGAAGAACAGAACACUGGAAUAUUACAAGAUGAGAUUCUGAUUCAUGAAGAAAAGCAGAUAGAAGUGGUCGAAAAAAUGAAUUCUGAGCUUUCUCUUAGUUGUAAGAAAGAAAAAGACCUCUUGCAUGAAAAUAGUACGUUGCAGGAAGAAAUUGCCCUGCUAAGACUGGAGCUAGACACAAUGAAACAUCAGAGCCAGCUAAGAGAAAAGAAAUAUUUGGAGGGAAUUGAAAGUGUGAAAAAAAGGAAUGAUAAUCUUUUAAAGGCUCUACGAUUGAAUGAGCUCACCAUGGAUGAUGAUACCGCCGUGCUCGUCAUUGACAACGGCUCUGGCAUGUGCAAGGCCGGCUUUGCGCGUGACGAUGCCCCCCGGGCUGUCUUCCCUUCCAUCGUGGGGUGACCUUCCAGCAGAUGUGGAUCAGCAAGCAGGAGUAUGAUGAGUCAGGCCCCUCCAUUGUCCACCACAAAUGCUUCUAGGUGGACUCUGACUUAGUUGCAUUACACCCUUUCUUGACAAAACCAAACUUCUCAGAAAACAACAUGAGAUUGGCAUGGCUUUAUUUGUUUUCUUGUUUCAUUUUUUGUUUUGUUUUUUAUUGGCUUGACUCAGGAUUUAAAAACCGGAAUGGUGAAGGUGACAGCAGUCGGUUGGAGUGAGCUUCCUCCAAAGUUCUACAAUGUGGCCGAGGACUUUGAUUGUACAUUGUUCUUCUUUUCAAUAGUCAUUCCAAAUAUUGUGAGAUGCAUUGUUUCAGGAAGCCCCUUGCCCUGCUAAAAGCCACCCCACUUCUCUCUAAGGAGAAUGGCCCAGUCCUCUCCCUAUUUCACACAGGGGUGGUGAUAGCAUUGCUUUUGUGCAAAUUACGUAAUGCAAAAUUUUUUGAAUCUUCGCCUUAAUACUUUUAAAUUUUGUUUUAUUUUGAAUGAUCAGCCUUCAUGGCCCCCCUCUUUUGUACCCCAACUUGGGGUGUAUGAAGGCUUUUGGUCUCCCUGAGAGUGGCUGGAGGCAGCCAGGGCUUACCUGUACUCUGACUUGAGGAGAGUUGGAUAAAAGUGCACACCUUAAAAAAAAUUGAGGAAACACAGUAUUUCAGUACAGUGGACAGCUUAGCAUGUUGACAACUGAGAAUAAAAUGCUCAGUUCUGAACUGGACAAUGUAAGACACAACGAGGAAACACUGGAAAUGGAAAUUCAAUUACGUCAUUGUAGACUGGCUACUGCUCUACAUGAUUGUGACCAAAGUCAGAUAGCUGAAAGAGACUUCUUUCCAAAGAACAAGACAUGAACAGGUUUAUUUACAGAAGACAAUGAAUUCUCAUUUAUCUCACCUGAAAGAGAACAGAUUCUUUCUCAACAAGUCUAAUGUAGACAGUAAAAUCAACAGGCUAAAAAUUAAGCUCCAUGAAACAAGAUAAAACUCUGAGAGAAAAGACGGGGCAGGCCGCCAUCUUUCCCAUUCAGGCAACUUAGUCAUUCCAGCCUGCGGGCUUUGGAGAGUACAAACCGAUGAGGGACAGAAGAGAUCCCACAGCACAGCAUAGCUACUUUACCAAAUCAUGGCCAGACUGCUUCUGUAAGCAGGCCUCUGAUCCUGUUCCACCUCAAUGGACAGAACCUCCCAACUGGGGCCUCCAGCUACCCCCACCAGCAUUCCUUGGCCAAUGGAAAUGUGAAAUGUUCCUGGGACAGAGCUCCCGGAGAGGGGCAGGCCCCCACCAUUGCUCUUUCGGUGACUAGCCAUUCUGGCCUUUGGGCUUUGGAGAGCCCAAGCUGACAAGGGGUGGAAGAGGUACCUCAGCAGAGCACAGCCACGCUGCAAAAAUGUGGCCAGACUCUUGUUUACGUCAGUCCCUGACCACAUUUCUGGUCAGCGGGUGAAGUCUUUCAACCAGGGUCUCUGGCUACCUUGACUGCUGUUCUCUGGCUGACAGAGGUCUCAGGCCUCCCUGAGUCAGAGCUCCCAGGGGGAGGACCAGAUUGUCAUCUUUGCUGUUUGGGCGACCCAGGCAUUUCAGCCUUAGGGCUUCAGAGUGUCUGAGGUGACCAGGGGCUGAAGUGAACCCCCAGCACAGCACAGCUGCUCUAUAAAAACGUGGCCAGACUUUUUUUUUUUGAAGCAAGUCCCUGUUCUUGUUCCUCCUGACUAGGUAAGACUUCUCAACUUGCCUCCAGCCACAUCUUAUAGGUGUGUUCAGAUUGGCAACAGGUUCGUACCUCAGUGGUACAGAGCUUCCAGAGGAAGGGGCAGGCUAUCAUCUUCCCUGGAAAAUACAAGGCAAUUAGGGACUGGAGGGGACCCCCAGCAUACUACAGCAGCCCUACAGAAAAGUGGCCGGACUUUCUACUUGAUGGGCAGGUCCUCCUGGCCUAGGUCUCUAGCCAGCCCACCACUGGAGCUAUCAAGCCAGUAGCAACUCUGCAGUUCCUGGGACAGAGCUUCCAGGAGCAAAUGAAAUCCUUUCUGCCACUGCCUUUGCAGUGGAACUGCCCUUGCUACCCUCAGAAGAUGCAAGGGAGCAAAGACCCUAAGUGCCCUAUCAACACUUCCAAUAAGCUGCCGUUGACCCAAAGAACAAGCCAGUCCAUCUCCCACAGGUACCACACACCCUCCACUACUCAUCACCAGACAGGGAACCCUGGCUUGGGCCCACAGCACAGACCCUCCAUCCUGGGCUGAUUACACUAAGUGAUUACUAACUCACAUGUCUCUGGGAUGGAGCACCCAGGAGACAAGCAAAGUGGUGGAGCAGCAAGUCAGGUGAUGUGGAGCCCAGAGGUCAGGGACGGCUAUCUCUCUAGGGUCCACUUGCCCUUGUGAGACACUUUAUCCCAGCACUUUAGGAAUGCUGAGGUCAGACCAGCCACAUCUCAUGUGCGAGAUUGCCCAGCAGAGAUCAGGUCCGAGAGUUCCCUUUUUUAAAAAAGGAGACUUGCUUAAAAAAAGAAGUCUAGCCACGAUUGUGUAGAGCAGCUGUGCUGUGCUGGGGGUUCACUUUUGAGAGAGUUCUCCUCUGAGAUCUGAUCUCUGGAGGCUGGGCAGUCUUGCACUUGAGAUGGGGCUGGUCUGAUCUCAGCACUCCUUAGUCUGCUUGCUUCUCCCAUGGCCCCAGCCUGGCCACACCUGCUUACGGGGCACUCUUAGAUGCCCACACCAUAGCUUCCAUGCUAGUGGACUGUACCAUAUCAGUGGAGAGCUGCAGCAAGGUGGCCCCUACAGCCACGCACCAGCCUGCACAUUGCCUGUCCAUACGGCAGCCCCUUAUUUGGAAACUUCCUAAAUCACUUUGCUGUGUGUGUUUACACGGGUGGGUUUUGCUUUACUUGCCCUGACAGCACACGGGAGUGCAGCACACACCCCAACCCACAUCA